AUGACGCUCGACAUCGAUCUUGACAUUGAGCUAGAUAACUUUGGUUAUCUAAAAGCUACAAGGCCCGCAGACAUCGGUUUACGUUUACGUUUCGGUUUCAACGCAACGGAUGAUGAAGAACUUUUACCAGAAACCAACGAGGAUGACGAAAAAGUCAAGUACAUCGAGGGUCUUAUCGGAGUUCGUUUUCCUAAAGAUGGCUAUGGCAAGUUAUACAGGAAAGUUAACGAGGAAUGGAAGGCCUCGGGAGAGUCUGGUUUGAUUCAGUCACGUGCCGGAAGAGUGUACGAUUCUGUUCUCACCAUAGCUUACGGCGUUAAGGAUAUGAUUCGAGCCAACAUCACAAUCACACCUCCAAGAACAAAUGGUGGAAUGUGUCAGAGUAAUGAUAGUCCUCCUUGGCGACAGGGAAGCAGAUUCUUUAAGAUGCUUAAAGGAGUUGGUAGUGGAGAUCGAUGGAAACUGACGAUGGAGAAAAAACGACCAAUAGUCUGGUUACAUGGCGGACUUGAGGCACCGAAACUUGCAAGUCUUGCUCUCAAGUAUAAAAAACUUAAAGUUCUAGUGUUUGAGAUUCACAUUCCUAUAAGAUUUUGCAUUGAUUUGCUUAACGAAUUGAAGAAAAAACUGCAGUUUGAAUAUGAAAUCAGAAAGAGAGAGUCCCUUGGACAGAAACGAGUGGAYGGAACAUGGGACGGGAUAAUUGGAGACUUAACAAGACAGAGAGCUGAUCUCGCAGUAUCCACUUUCACCAUCAGCCCCGAGCGUGAAAAAGCCGUGGACUUUACACAGCCUUACUUCAGCCUCGGCUACAAGAUCAUCAUGAAAAAGUCGUUCAACGAAAAGAGUACCAAUCUGUGGGGGUUUCUUGAUCCGUUUGAAGAAACUCUUUGGUUGGCUAUCGUAGUGUCUUCUGUUGUCAUUGGAACGGUUGUAUGGAUAUUUGAUCGCCUCAGUCCCUAUGGCUAUUAUGGCCGCGUUAUCCAGUCCCCUAAGCCAAAAGAAGAAUACUAUUUAGCGAGRAAUACUUUGUGUUUCUUCAACUCUCUUUGGUCCGCCACGGCAUCGUAUUUAGAGCAAGGACCAGACGGCACACAUCCCAUUUCUCAUUCAGGAAGGGCUACUACACUGGCAUGGUGGUUUGCCAUUUCCAUAUUUGGAGCUACAUACACAGCCAACCUGGCAGCCUUUCUAACAGUCAACAAAUACGAACAUCCAAUCAAAAGUAUCGACGACCUUGCGGACCAGAGUAAGAUAAGCUAUGGAACYGCGCCUGGACAACURGCAGACAUGCUAAGGACUGCGUCACUUCCGGUCUACGAAAAGUUAUGGCGUUAYAUUGACAAYCAUGGAACGCUAGAAAGUAAUGCGAGCUACGCAAUCGAGAAAGUACGAAAUACGGAAAAUUAUGCGUUCAUUUGGGAUUCUGCUGUGCUGGAUUACGCAGUACAAAGCGAACCAUGCAACACGUUGAACAUCAUAGGAAGGCCAUUUGGAAGUAUAAACUACGGGUUUGCUCUCCCUCUAAAAUCACCAUACACGCACAAUUUCAGCGUAGCUAUGCUGGAACUACAACAAGAUGGCUUCCUCGAGAGAAUGACAGAGAAGUGGUUUCGUUCUCGUAGCGUUUGUGGCGCGGAGACGGAAGCACAUGACGCAGCCGCUAGCGAGGGUGGAGCACAGCUUGGCUUGUUUGAUCUCGCGGGUGUAUUUGUAACAUUACUAGGGGGGAUCAUUUGUGGUAUUGGCGUGCUAUUGGUUGAGUGGAUUGUUGCGUCAUACCGUGAUACARUAUCUAGAGAUAGGAGGGCUCCAAGAUCAUUCUGUACGGCGUUUUGUCAAAGAGUCAAACGUUCCUGGCUUGGCAUCUUAAGUUUGUGCAUGUCAAGGGAACUGGGUCGAGAACACGAGCCCAAGCCACAAAUUAGACUUUUAGUGGAGAAUCU